AUGUCGAAUGGACUGGACAUCGACGAGCCCAUUGGACUCCUAGACAUCGAUGAGCCCAGUGGACUCGUAGACAUCUAUGAGACCGAUACAAUAGUAACCCAUCGGUUCCGGAACCAAGUAGAAUUUGCAGCGAAGGGUUUGGCACGUCUGGCCAACCACGACUACACUCUCGGACUGUAUAAUACCCCGGCAGAUCUCUCUAUCAACCGACUGCGCUCGAAGAAAUAUCUCUUAACCGAGCUACACUCUAACCUGCUGCCCGUUCUACGACAGCAGAUCAUCAGUCUCUCGCAAGCCCUCGGUGACUCAAACAGCCUGCGGCUCAACCCGGCCCCUACCCUGAAGCUCGUGAUAGCCAUCCAACCAAAACUUGAACUUACUUUGCAUCGAAUAAUUCGCGCGAUCAAAGAUCUCAUUCCCGGAAUGGUAUACGAAUCAACCUUAACAAAUGACCAGCACUUCAAAGAGCUCAAGCGCUAUAGACUACGCGGUUUGGAUUGCUUCAUUAAGGACGUAUUGAGAACUCACCUCAAUUCAUUUUUUUUGAACUGCCGUCGGCUCAUUGAAACACUCAUCCUCCCAGCCGGCGAUCAAACUGACGUCCAAGCUCUAUUCAUUGGCGAACUCCUGCAAUCGAUUGAUUCCGUUGUCACCUGGUCACAUGGAUCCGAGUUACAUCGAAUUUCUGAUCAGUGGAAACUCUCGGCGAACCAUCUUAAUUUUCUCUUGAACAACGCUUUCUUCUUAGCGGAACCAAACCAGGGAAGCUACACAGGAUCAGUCAUCGAGCUCACCAAAUCGUUCAUACCAGUAAUCAAACUAUCCAAGUUAUUUUUUAACAAAAUGACAACUGGUGGCAUGGCCAAAAACAAGCUACCUAUUUUCACAGAAAUGUCUUCUCAUCAACUCCGCUCACUAGACGAAUCAGUUGAAGAAAUCAAAAAUUAUACCGGUGGUUUAAUGUAUCUCUUGCCAUUAGCUGUUGAGGAUCAACAAGUGCCUACUAUAACUCUUGGCGAUAAUAUCGAGAAACUCUCAGCUUGUUUUCAAUCUUGUUUGUUUCUUAUAGACCUUUAUAUUUUGCCGAGAUGCGUAGAGACCAAUAGUUGUUCUUCUCAAACUUGCCUCAGAACUUGGCUUGUUACUUGGAGGACUUUGUUCUCCCAAGCUACCAUUAAUGCCACUGAAGCUUGCGAAUCCUAUGAAGCGGAAUAA